GACCAGCAGAGCUCAGAGGUUCCCAGUCCUCAGUCUGCCCAGCCACAUCAGACCCAGCUGGACUCUAUAUUUAUGCGGCUGGAGGACAAUAUGAUCACUUUUGUGAAAAACAAGCUGAAGAAGCUCAAGAAGGUUCUGAGUCCAGAUUACCCAGAAUGCUUAGAGAGUCAGAGGGAGGAUGAAGAGUUGUUGGAGGGUGAGGAUGAAGAGCAGAGAAGGAUCAACACAGAUGCACUUGUGAAAAUCACAGUUUACCUCUUGAGAAUGAUGAAGCAGGAGAAGCUGGCUGAUCAUCUUCAGAGCAUACAUUUUGCUCCAGUUUGUGAGCAUAGCCUUAAAUCCUGUCUGAAGAAGAAGUUCCAGUGUGUGUUUGAGGGGAUCGCUAAAGCAGGAAAGCCAACCCUUCUGAACGAGAUCUACACAGAGCUCUACAUCACAGAGGGAGGAACUGAAGAGGUCAAUAAGGAACACGAGGUCAGACAGAUUGAAACAGCAUCCAGGGGGAACCAGGUCCUGACUGAUGCUACAGAGUCCACCUCAGUGGAUGUUCUGCUGACAAACCUCAUCAGGGGGAACCUGCUUCCCUCUGCUCGCCUCUGGAUAACCACACGACCUGCAGCAGCCAAUCAGAUCCCAGCUGGCUGUGUUGACCUGGUGACAGAGGUCAGAGGCUUCAAUGACCCACAGAAGGAGGAGUACUUCAGGAAGAGGUUCAGAGAUGAGGAGCAGGCCAGCAGGAUCAUCUCCCACAUCAAGACCUCACGAAGCCUCCAAAUCAUGUGCCACAUCCCAGUCUUCUGCUGGAUCACUGCUACAGUUCUGGAUGAUGUAUUGAAAAGCAGAGAGGGAGGAGAGCUGCCCAACACCCUGACUGAGAUGUACAUCCACUUCCUGGUGGUUCAGACCAAAGUCAAGAAGAUCAAGUAUGAUGGAGGAUCUGAGACAGAUCCACACUGGAGUCCAGAGACAAAAAAGAUGAUUGAGUCUCUGGGAAAACUGGCUUUUGAGCAGCUGCAGAAAGGAAACCUGAUCUUCUAUGAAUCAGACCUGACAGAAUGUGGCAUCGAUAUCAAAGCAGCCUCAGUUUACUCAGGAGUGUUCACCCAGAUCUUUAAAGAGGAGAGAGGUCUGUACCAGGACAAGGUGUUCUGCUUUGUCCACCUGAGUGUUCAGGAGUUUUUGGCUGCUCUUCAUGUCCAUCUGACCUUCAUCAACUCUGGAGUCAAUUUGAUGGGAGAAGAUGAAUCAUCCAAGAAACCUGGAAAAUGUGACCUAAUUUACSUUCAUCAGAGUGCUAUAGACAAGGCCUUACAGAGUCCAAAUGGACACCUGGACUUGUUCCUCCGGUUCCUCCUAGGUCUCUCCCUUCAGACCAAUCAGACUUUCCUUGGAGGACUGCUGAUACAGACAGGACGUAGCUCACAGACCAAUCAGGAAACAAUCCAGUACAUCAAGUAUCUGAUCAAUAAAACUCUGUCUGCAGAGAGAAGCAUCAAUCUGUUCCACUGUCUGAAUGAACUGAAUGAUGGUUCUCUAGUGGAGGAGAUCCAACAGUCUCUGAGGUCAGGAAGUCUCUCCACAGGUAAACUGUCUUCUGCUCACUGGUCAGCUCUGGCAUUCAUCUUACUGUCAUCUGGAAAAAUUCAGGAUAAUUUUAACCCAAAGGAAUAUUCUACAAACAAGGAGGCUAUUCUGAGACUAAUGCCUGUGGUCAAAGUUUCCAAAAAUGUUAAACUCUCUGAUUGUGGACUCUCAGAGACUGACUGUGAAGUUGUGGCCUCAGCUCUGAAGUCCAAUCCCUCCCAUCUCACAGAACUGGACCUGAGCCUCAAUAACCUGCAGGAUUCAGGAGUGAAGAUUCUGUCUGCUGGACUGGAGAGUCCAAACUGUAAACUAGAGAAGCUGAGUUUGUGGAGCUGCAGUUUGUCAGAGAUCGGCUGUUCUUUGCUGGGCUUAGCUCUGAAGUCCAAUCCCUCCCAUCUGAGAGAACUGAACUUAAGAGACAACAAUCUGAAGGAUUCAGGAGUGAAGCAGCUGUGUGGUUUUCUGGAGAGUCCAGAAUGUAGACUACAGACUCUGAGGUCAGACAUGGUUAUCACCCUCUAAUGAACGCAAAAGCAGAGACA